AUGGUUGAUGAUAAUGACGAAAAUUUCCCAUAUGAGAUAUACAAUAAAAAGCGAAGAGAAGAUGCCAUAUAUCCGACUUGUAUUCGUAAUGAAAAGCACUUCAAAGGUCAAUUGAAUGUUCUUGUAUCAUUCAACAAACGUGAUAAACCAUGGCAAUGGAUGCCUUUAAAAAGCUUAAAGUAUGGACAACAAUUGUUGCGCAAUUUUCGCACCUAUAAAGCAAGACAAAGGCGAAAACAAGAAAAUUCUAAUUUUAUAUCCAAUGAAAUGAACAAUAUCGAUAAAGUGUGGGGAAAUGAAAUGAUGGUCGACCAAGAAAUCAUCAGAAGCAGUAUUGAAACAAAAGAUGAAGAGGACAGAGUUAAAUAUGUUGAUAAAAAGUUCUAUUUGAACAUUCUUCACUCCAGGGUUUCUCUUCAAUCAU